AUGGUAAAAAUUAAGAAGGCAGGUAGGGUGGAAGAAGACACUGUCUCUGCGACAGCGUCCAUCCAAGUCGAAUUCGACCCAGUGAAAGAGACGACCAACGAAGGUUUAAUUGCCCUUACGUGUGAAGGAGAAAAAUGCAAAAGGUAUGGGUCCCCUAUGACGGAAGGCAGCCCCUUCUGCGGAGCUGCCACGGCUGGGGAAUUGAUAAAAAAUGGGGAACAACUCCAGGAGACAAACAAUGGUCAUACCAAUCAGAAGGGUAGAAGUACCCACCUAGGGAUCUACCCCCACUUGAGUAGUUAUCUCGAGUUAUCAAAAUUUAAGUUGACUCUGUGGGUAACCAUAAGUAGCACGUUUGGUUAUUUCAUGCUGGGGGGGUCUAGCUUAACCGAAUUUUCCUCCCUAGGCAUGGGCGUAUACCUUUGCAGCACUAGCGCUAAUACGUUUAAUCAGAUCAUCGAAAGGGACAUAGACAAAGUAAUGCAGCGGACUAAGCGGAGACCACUGGUAUGUAAUAAUAACCAAAUUAAUUUGAGGAAUGCAAAAAUGUUUGGUACUUUGACAGCCAUUACUGGAUUUGCAAUCUUGUACCAUUUGAAUAACCCCAUGACAGCUCUACUUGGAGUAUUUAACAUAUUGCUCUACGCAUGUGUGUAUACUCCCUUAAAGCGGAGAACACCGUACAACACGCACAUAGGGUCAAUCGUAGGUUCGAUUCCCACUCUAAUGGGUUGCACAGCAGUGGCGCAAAACUUACUUGUACCCGAACCCUGGAUCCUAUUCAUUACACAGCUGUUAUGGCAGUUUCCCCAUUUCUACUCGAUAGCCUACUUAUAUAAGGACGAUUAUUUAAAAGGGAAAUAUAAAAUGUUCCCCCUGCAGGAUAACCAGAAUGGAUUAUAUACAGCCAAGUUGUGUAGACCCUACUUAAUUCUAUUAUCAUCAUUACCUUUUUUUUUUUUUGUUGGGUAUACGUCCUACAUGUAUAUUUUAACCUCCCUACUGCCAAAUAUUUACAUAUUUUACAAGUUCCAGGCUAUUUUUCGAAACCCUUCCAAGGGGAACAUUCGCUCCUUUUUUAAGCACUCUCUUUGGCACAUCAUUAUCCUGCUAGCUUUGUCUUCCUACCACACGCAGAUCCCGGAUAAUAGCAAAAGGAGGAGAGAGACCGGUGCAGAGCAAAUUGAUUGGGGCAUUCCAAAAAGUGAGGGCAAACCGGAGGAGCUUAACGACACCCCUGAAUAUGCAAUUACCAAAUUUAAGAAGCGGCUUCUCAAAUUCUGC